CUCUCGCUCUGUUUCCACUUUCUACACCUCUGCUUCGUUGGACAAGAACCUUCGCGGGAAGGACAUCUGCAGCAUCGUUGAAGAGCACGUCACCCAUAAGCACUAGCAAAGUGUCAUCGGCUCUUUACUCGACAUCCAAAAUGACUCGGACACCAGUCUACUUCCUCUCACAUGGAGGUCCCAACAUUAUGGAAGACUACGAUCACCCAGCCUAUAAAAAGCUUCAAGAAAUCGGCAGAGAAAUUACGCAAAAAGUCAAGCCAAAAGCCGUGGUCGUAUUCUCGGCACAUUGGCAGGCAAGUCCUACCAGCAUUCAAGUCAACACCGCUGAACUCACUGAUCUGAUCUACGACUACUACGGCUUCCCGGAUCACUACUACAAAGUCAAGUAUCCGAAUGUUGGCAGCAAGGAGCUCUCAUCUCGUGUUUUGUCUGCUUUGAAAGCAGCGAACAUUCCUGCCACUGGUGUUUCGAGGGGUCUUGAUCAUGGUGUCUUUGCGCCUUUCACUGUCGCUUUUGACCCCAAGACCAAUCCUCUGAAUGUGCCUCUGGUUCAAGUGUCACUGUUCGACAGUGAUGAUGCAGAUCAGCACUACAGACUCGGAGAGGCAAUGCAGGGAUUGAGAGAGCAAGGCGUAGCGGUGAUCGUCAGUGGCAUGGCUGUGCAUAACCUAAGAGAUAUGUGGCAGGCUAUGCAGCGACCUGCGCAGAUCUGGAAUGUGUAAAGAGUGAUUGCUAACAAUUGUGCUAGCCUGAAGAUAGACAAAAAGCC